CUUUUGUUCUCUUUGCCCACACGCCGUCGAUCACAUACGUGCACGUCUCGAUCGCUAAAGCCAACGCCUCUUCGCUGUAUACUGCUUCUUGUUCCCCCCAGCCCCCCAGCCCCAUGUCAGCCUUCCGCGCCACCGCCCUCCGCUCGUUGAGCGGCCGCUCCAUCGCGACGCCCCGCCUUGCGCGCGCCCACUCGAGCCGGUCAGAGUACUUCCUCCGCCCUCUUACCGAGACCGCGGCGAAGCCGACCUACGAGUACAAGUUCCUCGCGCAGCCGGCUACUGUUUCGGUCCUCUCGUACCCCUUCUCCGGUGGCCAGCCUCGCGCGGGCGUCGACAAGGGCCCCGACCACCUCGUCCAGGCCGGUCUGCUCAACCAGCUCCAGUCGCUCGGAUGGCACGUCGAGCACAACGAGGGUGCGGUCGACACGCUCCUCUCGACGGUCAAGAGCGACGCCGACAUCGGCAAGAUGAAGCAGCCUCGCGCGGUCAGCACCGUCACCAAGCAGCUUGCUUCUGACGUCGCCGACGUCGCUGAGGGCGGCAAGCUCCCGCUCACGCUCGGCGGUGACCACUCGUUGGCCGUCGGAACUGUCGCUGGCACGAAGCGCAAGUUCCCCAACGCUGCACUCGUCUGGGUCGACGCCCACGCCGACAUCAACACGCCGCUCACGACCGACUCGGGCAACCUGCACGGCUGCCCCGUGUCGUUCCUCCUCGGCCUGGAGGGCACCGACGUCGCGCCGUUCAACGAGUGGCUCAAGCCGGUGCUCAAGCCCGAGGACCUGGUGUACAUUGGCCUGCGCGACAUUGACAACGGUGAGAAGAAGAUCCUCAAGGAGCACGGCAUCAAGGUCUUCACGAUGCACGAUGUCGACAAGCACGGUAUCGGCAAGGUCAUGGACCUCGCCCUCGACCACAUUGGCCGCGACCGCCCCAUCCACCUCAGCUACGACGUCGACGCGCUCGACCCCACCAUCACGCCCAGCACGGGCACGCCUGUGCGUGGCGGCCUGACCUUCCGCGAGGGCCACUACAUUGCCGAGGCGAUCGCCGAGACCGGCAACCUCGUCGCGCUCGACGUGGUCGAGGUCAACCCCUCGCUCGGAGACGACGCCGCGUCGGUCGCGCAGACGGUCGCCAUUGGCUGCUCGCUGUCCCGCGCCGCUCUGGGCGAGACGUUACUCUAAGCAGCUGAUGACGAGCGACUCACGACACCGCACACGCACGACCUUAUACCUUCGGCAUUUACAACCCAGCACUACGCAGUGGAGAAAACAACACACCAACACACAUCUGUAUACAACCCAGCAUUUACGCAGUGGAGAAAACACCUUGAAACUCAAAUAUACAACUACCUGUACAACCCAGCAUUAGCAGUGGAGAAAACCUCAGUAGAAGGAGUAGGAGCGCGAGAGGCGUCAAUGUAUCUACACCUUGUACCCGUACAAA